AUGUCCAACCUAACCGACAAUCUACCAGCAUUUCUAGCUUUUCGAUUACCACGUCCUCUUCGAUUUUGGUACUUUCUCGUUGCAAACAUCGCAUCGCUAACUUGUACUCUCUUCAUUCUCUACUUUCUUCUCUUCGAUGUGACACUUCGUCGCGCGCUCAACAAUCACAUCAUCAUUGUUCUUCUCGUCCUCGGUUUUCUCUACGAAUCGUUCAACGUCUCGUGGCACAUUCGAAGUGCUCGUUUCGAUCAACCCUAUGUUUAUUCCAUUCAGAUCUCUUUGUUCGCUUGGGCAUCUAUCGAACGACACAUACUCAUAUUUCAUGAUCGAUGGAUGUCAACUCGAAUUAAACGUCUUCUCAUUCAUUAUGCUCCAAUCGUCGUGAUCAUCGUGUAUUACUUUGUCUUCUAUAGCAUUAUCUAUUUUGGAACACCUUGUGAUAGGUCAUUUGAUGGUUUUCUGUCAGGAGGUGUGUAUGCACCUUGUGCAUUCUAUCUGCAAACUGUUGGAACAUGGGAUUUGAUAGUGCAUGAGAUGAUACCUACCUUAAUUAUUUCAUUCUUUAGUAUAGCUCUGCUUCUACGUGUAAUGCUACAAAAAGCACGAAUGCGACAAUCAUUGCAGUGGCGGAAACAUCGCAAGAUGACAGUGCAAUUGCUGUCCAUAUCAGUCAUUUAUAUGUUGUUCAAUAUUCCUUGGGUUAUUUUCAUUCUUGGUCUGACUUAUGGUGCACCACUGGAGAUCGUGUGGCCAGCAUUGAUUUGCUCGAAGUUUAUUCUGCAUAAUAUCGUGUUUUUAUUUCCGUUCGUGUGUUGCUUGUCGUUGCCUGAACUUCGUAAACGAGCGAAGCAAAUGCUUCUGUUUCGAGGAAGACAACAUCGAGUUGGUUUAAUAUCGAUGUCGAAAACUCGUUUACGAGCACAGGGAGCGACCAUGUAA